AUGCGGGAUGAUGGCUCAACCUACAGACAACACAUGAACUACUAUAGGGAACAGGGACGGCAUCAGUGUGCAAGGUUACUGUUCCUAGAAGACCUCAGAGACCAGCUGGCAGAAUGGGCAGCCCUGGGAGAUGAACUGAUUGUAGGUCUGGACGCCAAUGAGGAUGUCAGAGACGGCGCCGUCAAAGACAUGUUCUCCUCGCUGAAUAUGAGAGACGCAGUUCUAUCACGACAUGGAAAUAACCCACCCGAAACUAUGAAUAGGAACAGCAACCAAGAGCCGAUCGAUGCCAUCUUUGUGUCCCGGGGGAUCAACAUCUCAGCAGCUGGCUAUACUGAUUACGGAGACUUCAUUGAUUCUGAUCACCGCUCGGUGUGGAUUGAUGUGCCCUUCACAUCAGUGCUCGGACACAACCCACCGAACUAUGCAAAAAAGAAACCUGAGAAGCUCAAACCAGAUGACCCAAGAGUGCGGGACCGCUACAUCAUGCUGGUUAAGAAACGAUAUCGUCAUUUUGACAAUUUCGUACCAAAGCAAGCAGCUUAUGUGGAGUCACUUCUGGCCAUGGGAGCUCCACUGCAGGUGAUUGUGGCCGAACAUGACAAGCUUGUGGUGGCUGAUUUUAGAGCUCGAAUGUGGGCAGCCCAACGCUGCAGGCCAAUCUACACUGGUCUCCAUGCAUGGUCCCCCAAGUGGGCUCAAGCAAUCUAA